UGGGCCCCGUGUACCGCCUUCCUCUUGCUGCUGCCAGGCCUCGUAAUCUGCCUGGGCCCCGUAUCGACUCCUCAUGCUGCUGCAGGCCCCCGUAAUCUGUCAUGGGCCCUGGACGGCCUCCUCAUGCUGCUGCAGGUUUCAGAGUGUGUCAUGGGUCCCUGUACGCCUCAUUGCUGCUGUCUCCAUCGCCACACUCUAGCAUGUGCCACUUUCAGGUAUCCUCACACUGCUGAUGGGGUUCAAUUUUGUCAUAGGGUGCUGUUUGGCCUCCAUUGCUGCUGCCUCCACGCCACACUGUGACUUCCUCACUCUGGUUUGGCACCGUGACUGCCCCAAAAUGAGUGAGUGUGCGGUGAUUCUAAGAUCGACGGCACUCAUCUGCAUUGUAAUACUGACUGACAGUAUUAUUUCUUCCCCAGCAGGACUCAAGGGGCAUUUAAAUUAAGGUACAGUGUUCUGCCACUAUAUAUAA